AUUGCAGCAAAAAUUGGAGGUGAUGCUGGUACAUCAUUGAAUUCAAAUGACUAUGGUUAUGGGGGACAAAAGAGACCCUUAGAAGAUGGAGAUGGCUCUUGGACAAAUCCGAGCAGUACAGCACACUGGGAGGGAAUGCCCUCUCCUUUUAAAGAUCAACCAGAAGCUAAAAAAGUUGCUCCUCAAAAUGACUCUUUUGGAGCACAGUUACCUCCGAUGCAUCAGCAGCAAAGCAGAUCGGUAAUGACAGAAGAAUACAAAGUUCCAGAUGGAAUGGUUGGAUUUAUAAUUGGCAGAGGAGGUGAACAGAUCUCUCGCAUACAGCAGGAAUCUGGAUGCAAAAUACAGAUAGCUCCUGAUAGUGGUGGCCUUCCAGAAAGGUCUUGUAUGCUAACUGGAACACCUGAAUCUGUCCAGUCAGCAAAAAGAUUACUGGACCAGAUUGUUGAAAAGGGAAGACCGGCCCCUGGCUUUCAUCAUGGCGAUGGACCCGGAAAUGCAGUUCAGGAAAUCAUGAUUCCUGCCAGCAAGGCGGGACUCGUUAUUGGAAAGGGGGGAGAAACUAUUAAACAACUUCAGGAACGUGCUGGAGUUAAAAUGGUUAUGAUUCAAGAUGGGCCUCAAAAUACUGGUGCUGACAAACCUCUUAGGAUCACUGGUGACCCGUACAAAGUUCAGCAAGCCAAGGAAAUGGUAUUGGAGCUAAUUCGUGAUCAAGGUGGUUUCAGAGAAGUUCGGAAUGAGUAUGGUUCAAGAAUAGGAGGAAAUGAAGGGAUAGAUGUCCCAAUUCCAAGAUUUGCUGUUGGCAUUGUCAUAGGAAGAAAUGGAGAAAUGAUUAAAAAAAUACAAAAUGAUGCUGGUGUUCGAAUACAGUUUAAGCCAGAUGAUGGAACAACACCAGAUAGGAUAGCACAGAUAACAGGACCUCCAGACAGAUGUCAGCAUGCUGCGGAGAUUAUCACAGACCUUCUACGUAGUGUUCAGGCUGGUAAUCCUGGUGGACCUGGACCUGGUGGUAGAGGACGAGGUAGAGGUCAGGGCAACUGGAAUAUGGGACCACCUGGUGGACUGCAGGAGUUUAAUUUCAUUGUGCCAACUGGGAAAACUGGAUUGAUAAUUGGAAAAGGAGGUGAAACUAUAAAAAGCAUAAGCCAGCAAUCUGGCGCAAGAAUAGAGCUUCAGAGAAACCCUCCACCUAACGCAGACCCUAAUAUGAAGCUUUUUACAAUUCGUGGCACUCCACAGCAGAUAGACUAUGCUCGGCAACUCAUAGAAGAGAAGAUUGGGGGCCCAGUAAAUCCUUUAGGGCCACCUGUACCCCAUGGGCCCCAUGGGGUUCCAGGUCCUCAUGGGCCUCCUGGGCCUCCAGGGCCUGGAACUCCAAUGGGACCAUACAACCCUGCACCUUACAAUCCAGGACCACCUGGCCCAGCUCCCCAUGGUCCUCCAGCCCCAUAUGCUCCCCAGGGGUGGGGAAAUGCUUAUCCACAUUGGCAGCAACAGGCUCCCCCUGACCCAGCUAAGGCAGGAACGGAUCCAAACUCGGCGGCGUGGGCUGCUUACUAUGCUCACUAUUACCAACAGCAGGCACAGCCCCCGCCUGCAGCCCCUACAGGGGCACCAACUACAACCCAAACCAAUGGGCAAGGUAACUACGGAGAUCAGCAGAAUCCAGCUCCAGCUGGACAGGUUGAUUAUACAAAGGCCUGGGAAGAGUACUACAAGAAAAUGGGUCAAGCAGUUCCUGCUCCCACUGGGGCCCCACCAGGUGGUCAGCCAGAUUAUAGUGCAGCAUGGGCUGAAUACUAUAGACAGCAAGCAGCAUACUAUGCCCAGACAAGUCCCCAAGGAAUGCCACAGCACCCUCCAGCACCUCAGUGCAGGUUUGAUCCAGCCAGUAUAGAACUAGCUCUGUAGGGGUGAGGAGGACUGUGCUGUGUGUCACCCUUGAUUGUGUUCCUUCAAGGAGCAUUGCACUUGCCUUCCCAGACCUUCCACCUUAGGUUCUGCUGCAAAAAGCAACAGGUAAGCACAGCCUAAGGACAUAUGUAUAAAUAUAUCAGUGCAUUGAUGUUGUCCCUGUGAGGUCUCUGUGGUUGUGUACUCACUCGAAAGCAGUCUGCCACUGCUUCCCCAAGUGUACUCUGUUACCUAUGCUACCAUUCUAGUGGAAAGUCCGUUAAGUUGUUCAAGCAACUGUUUAUACUUUUGGGUAAUGGUUUUUUUUUUAUUUUAAUUUUUUUCAUUAAAAUUAGUAGAUUGCUGCUAUAAAUGAAAAACAUCUGAAUCUUUUUGUGCCUCCCUCCCCCAAGUUAUAGAAGUGUUACAGUAAGAAUAGUUAAUACUUGAUUCGGUCAGAAAUUUCAACAGCCUUCACAGCCUGUUUGUAUAACUGAUAGGGCAUUUUCUUUAUCCUCCAAACCUGGGGGGUUUGUUUUAUUUUUUCCUCUUUUAUUACUGCUUUAAAGUAUAGUAAUUCAGUAAGAACAUUUUGGGUCAGUGGUAGACAGUUCUGUUUUCAUGACUUAUAUUUGCUGACAAGGAAGAAUAAGGAAUAUUGGCAGUAACUUUUGAAAAAAAAAAAAGGCAUGUGCAUCAGUGAAAUGUUAACUGUGUAACAAA